GCGCACCAAAACGUGUGUGUGCAUGUGUGUGUGUGUGUUCAGGUGUGAGCGUUGGCCUUGGAGCUUGACUCAGAGAGAAGACAGCGUCCGCACAGUGUGGCAGGCAAAGAGCACGUCAGAGCUCUUGGAGGGGGCCCUGACCGCUGACCAUGGGGCCAACACACUGAGGGCCCCCAAGACGAAAUAUAAAAGCCAAAGGGGAGCGGAAAACAACCGAGAAAAAGAAGAAAAGCUAAAAAAGACAAAAAGAAAGCAGAACAAUGGUUGCAGAGGAAGUGAUAAUUACAUUGUCCGGUGGAGCGCCGUGGGGCUUUCGUCUCCAGGGAGGUGUGGAACAUCAGAAACCACUGCAGGUGGCUAAGGUGCGUAAACGCAGCAAGGCAUGCAGGGCUGGGCUUCGGGAGGCUGAUGAACUGGUGUCCAUCAACGAACAGCCAUGUGGAAUGCUAUCCCAUGCCCAGGCCAUGGACCUCAUCGACAGCUCCCCUGGGAUACUGCACAUCCGGGUCAAAAGGGUGCCUGCUGGUUUUCAGUCCGUGGUGCUUGUGACCCGUGCCCCAUCUCCCCGUAUAGACAAAGAGUACCGCGCUGCUCUGCGUGCCAUGUCACCCACCCACCCCCACCACGCACCCGUCCGUGAAGUCCACCGUAGCCACUCCUCCAUAACCAGUGGAUUGACAUCUCCACCUGGUAGCGAGGCUUACUACGGCGAGACUGACAGUGAUGCAGAUGUGGCGGGCUAUGAGAGGCAGCGCCGGCAGAAACGCCGCAGCCCCAGCAACUCCAACCCGGUGAAACCAACAGGACGAGCCUCUCCUGAGGGCGGGGAGACGUCAGAGAUGAGUGGCUAUGACAGCGCUCCAGAUGCACAUGUUUACCCCGGUUUGUUGGAUGGACGUGGGGGAGAUGGAGAUGGAGGAGGGGGGGGUACCGGGGGUGGCACGGAGGAGGUGAUUUACCAGCCUCCUGCUCCAGGAAUGUGGUCAUCACAGACAUCCACUGAGACCUCCUCCAUCAUCUCCUCAGCAGAUGACCAAGGGCCACGGGAUGGAGGGCAAGAGGAGGAUAGUGGCUUUCUUGAGCCAGCCAACGUGCCACUGGUAUCCCCUGAGAGGGCAAAGGAGGCCCUGAUGCUGGGCUCCCGCAGCCAGCUUAUACCCAUGGUGGGUCCUGUGAAUAACCCCAUCAAUGAGGAGCUUACAACAACCUACAUGGAAAAGGCCAAACAAGCCAGUAAGUACAGCUGAGGAAGAACAAACUGAAACCGAGGGGAUACUCUGCAAGACAAGAAUGUAAAAGAAGCCAAAAGCAAGUGUCGAACAAUUGCAUCUCUACUGACUGAUGCUCCCAACCCUCACUCCAAGGGGGUGCUGAUGUUCAAGAAAAGGCGGCAGCGCUCCAAGAAGUACACCCUUACCAGUUUUGGUAGUGUGGAUGAGGAUAGGUGUCAGGACUCCCAAGAGGAGGAUGGGGUAUUCCCUGGCAGUGAAUCAGAGUUUGAUGAGGAUGGCUUCUCUGCAGUUCCUGACCCCACUUGGGAUAGUGACUACCUGGAUAUGCUGGAGAAGAGGGCAACUGCAGGCGCUGAAGGUCGUGGGGAUGGGGCAGAGGAUGCUCCAAGUCCAGGGUUGAGUGACACUGCAGGCAAGGGCGCCCAGUUGUUUGAGCAGCAGAGAAAGAGGGCUGCUGAGCAUGCCAAGAAGGUAGAGGCGGCACAACCUCAGGCUCCUGCACAGUCUCAAGUCCAAGGGCAGGCUCAUAUGUAUCAGUUGCAUCCAGAGAUACAGCCACAGCCAAACCUCCAGCCUCAGCAGAUGAUACCACCUGGCCAUAUAUCCAUACAGGCAAGAGCUGUUUCAGGCUCCACGUUCAGUUGCAAAGCCCAUGGAGUGUCUAAUGGGGACCUAUCCUACUCUGCAGGUAGUAGUAGCAUGAUGUCACCUCUACCUGUGGCACCCAGAUCAGCUACUGCCUCAGUGACUGUUCUGACCAGACCUGCACCACCAGCUGAAACACCAUUACCAGAUCUACCUGCUAGUAAUGUUCUCAACAGAACGGCACGUCCUUUCACUCCUGGCUUCAUCAGCAUUCGAGCUGCGACUGCCCCUGUAACGUUCCGACCAUCUGUCACAAAGAUGAACCAGUGUCCUACUUCAGCAGCUGUUGUGCCACCACGAUUCUCCACUGCCUCUGAACUAGCUACAUCAGUAACAUCACAGCUACCCCCUGGUCCUCCGUCAGUGUUCUCCCCACCUUCCUUUGUACCUCAAGGUCCCUUUGCCCAGACACCAGUAGCGCCUGUUUGUAGCUCCUGCACUUUUUAUCCUCCAGCCAUCUCUAUCUCAGUAGAGAAAAUGCAGUCAUCACAAGUAACUGCUGUUCAUCACGCUCCAUUUGUAGCUGUGCCCCCAGUGUCUAUGCCCUCAAUGACCCUGGCUCCACAAGCACCAAUGGCUCCAACCCUAGCUCUUCCUGCAUCUCAAAUUUCUGGUUCACCUGACCCAGUUGCCCCAGUGCAUCCACUUCAAGUGCCAGUUGCUCAGUUUUCAAUGUCGCCUGUAGCUACAGUGUCACUGGUCUCUCAGCCAGAAGCUGUAGCUCCAACCCCUGUUCCUGGUCCAACAGGUCGCUCAGGAAUCUUAAUUGACGCACGACGGCGAGGUGGCAAACCCAAACCUAUGUUCAGUGUGCCAGAUGUCAAGAAGAACUCCCCCAAUCCUGAGCUACUGUGUAUGGUCCAGAACCUGGAUGAGAGGUCCACCCGACACAAAUAUGGCCAGUCACCGUCUGAGGACAUCUAUGAUGGUGCAGAGGAGGAGAGGAGUGGUGAGGCCGGCAUGGGAAGGGCGCCUCCUCCAGUGGCACCCAAGCCCCGGGUCAUCCAUGAGGCCCCACAGUUUCUUCAAGCAGGGGGUAAGGGUGCCCAGCUGUUUGCCCGCAGACAGAGUCGCAUGGGUAUGUAUGUAGUGGACACCCCACCCGAGACCCCUUACCAGCAGGAAGCGGCCUCGCACAGUGCCACCCAACCCCUUGACUCCUCCCCCAAUCCUUACCUUCUAUCUCAGUGGAAAUACUCCCCGAAUGUCCGUGCUCCUCCACCCAUUGGGUACAACCCACUCCUGGCCCCCUCUAUCCCUACGGGGCCUCAGAGGAAUACAGGCAAGCCAGAAAGCAGGGGUAGAGGAGGCUCAAGAGAGGGCAUCAAAGCUCUGGAUUUCAUGAGAAGGCAGCCCUACCAGCUCAACUCUGCCAUGUUCAACUAUGGGGGCAGUGCUGCUAACCUGUCAGCCAUGCCUUCUUACCAGGCCCAGAGGCAGCAGCAGGGUGACUACACAACAACAACAAUGGUGGGCAGCUCAUUAACCUCACCUAAGCAGAUCCCCCUCAAAACAGCCCGUGUCUUCGAGGUCAAGCGAUUCUCCACACCCACGCCCAUGUCAGCUCCUUCUGUCUCCAAGGUCAUUGCACCCCGCUCGGCCACUACCCUCGGACGUUUGAGUCAUUCUAGCAUGAUCUCCCCACCUCCUGAUUAUUUUACUCAAACCCACGACCCUCUUUUCACACCAGCACCAGUCAGUGCCCCAACGCCAGCUUCACCUCCCUCCCAACCAGCUGGACUACCCAGCCUCCCAAAGUUCUCUGCCAACCCUAUUCUACACCCUAUGCCCCAAACAGUCCCUAAACCUUACACUCCAGUAUCAUACACCACCGGGCUUCAGGCAGCCAAGCAGUUCCAGAGCGCUCCUGAGCUCAGUAUCCUUGCCUCUUCCCCACUCAAGUCUGACCCAGUUCAGGCACCCAAACCACGUUUUGUUGCCACCAAGGGAGGCGUCCAGCCCCGUGUCUGGAGGCCAGGGGCAAUGUAACCACAAGUAAAUCAGUCACUACCACACUUGGACAUCUUCAUGUACUAUUCAUUUAGUGCUGAAAUUAUGAAUUAAUCAACAACAAUAUGUUAAUUGAUUCAUUGUUUAAGUCAAAAAUGUGAAAUAUCCAUUGGUUCCAGGUUCUUAAAUGUGACAAUCAUUCUGCUUUUCUCUUUCUACAUCAUUGUUUGAUUGAAAAUAUUUGGGUUUUGGGUGGGGCUUAGGGCUUUGAGAAAUUGUGAGGGGGAGUUCUCUAAUAAAUUCAUCUAUAAAUAAAAAAAAAAGACAAAUUAAUAAACAUAAGCAGCCUUACAUCCAAUAAUUUAAGCCUCAAAUUCAGUUGUAAACACAUGGUGCUUAAGUAACAUAAGCUGAAAGUGAUUCAGUAUAAAGUUGAAAUCCAGAAGCCAAUCAAGUUUUUGAAAUAUGUUAGAACUGGAAAACUGUAAUGGUAAGAGAUCAUAAACAUUUGCUGUUCGAAAUGCUGCUUAUCACAUUUAUUUUGCUGUCAACACAUUUACUCACACAUGUAUCUGAGUGACGAUAGUGAUAAAGUAUACCGCCACAUACUGUAUACUGUAUAGAGCACCAUAUGCCUGUCCUGGGGGAGGUUUGUGUAAGGCGUCUGGAGAUCCCUUUCUACUAAUUUAGCAGAAAUACCAUCUAAACAGGAGCCUGUACUGAAAUAUUCUUUGAAACUUGAAAUGUCUGAAAGAUGUUGAAAAUGAUUGCUGCGGUUCCAAUCAUAGGAUUAAUCACUGAAGAAAUACUGUAUGUUGUAGUAUGUUGACAGGUGCAGGAUCAUAAAGCAAAAAUAGCAGGCUUAUAUCUUUUAUCUUUGAACAUUCAAUUCUGUUAUUCAGUACUUGUCCUACACACAAAAUGUGUUUACCCCCUCUGUUUGUAGCAUUGCCAAGAAAGAAACCCAUGAUGACCUAAUGUCCUUAUGUCCUUAUCCAGGGGUUUAAAUGAUGCAUGGCCCGUUGAAAAUUGUAAAAUGUUUUUAAAUGCCUCUGCUUCUCUUUGGAAACUAUAUGUGAAAACAAGGUCUGCUCUUGGUGAGGUUGUGCAAAAUACCUCUGUUCACUUUAGCCAGAGAGAAAGGCUAUCUUUUUAGCAUGGGUCACAUUCAACAAGUGCCCGGGCUGUCACUGAAUGUACACUUGUCAAUGGAUAUUCACAGCUUCCAUUAGGCCACACCAGAGCCUCCUUAGUAGCAGUGUGAUCUUUUCAGAUAUAUGUCAAUUCUUAACUUUUAUUAAACAAAUAACACGGAUGAAGGAAUGUGUAUUUGGUUUUGUGUGAUUUAAUCCGACGUGGUGCAAGGGGAAGUUUACUGAUUGAGAGUCACCAGAAUUUAUAAAGGAUUCAAGAAAUGAGAGUGGCUGUGGAGGAGGGAUAAAGACAGGAUAUAUACUGUACUGUAGAUAGGACAGGAUUACCGAAUGGGGUCAUACCCUACCAUUUGUGGACUAUUGGGAUUUAUGGUUGAAUUGUACAUAGUUAUGAGAUCCCACAGCCUGUAGAAGUCAACGGGGGAUGCACAGGAAAGUUUGGUACCUUACAGUAAGUUUGUUGGCAAAGCUACAGAAGCUAUGGAAAGAAGCACAGAAGACGACUUGGUGUCUUUCCAUUAACAGUGGUUGCUAUUAAAAAGUAACGAUACACAUUUGAUGGUUAUAUACCUUGAGAGACUAGGUAUGUUAAUGGCAACAAGUAAGAAACAAAGAAAUGAAUAAGAUGUUUUCAGUUGUGGAAUUCUUGGGGAGAUACUUUUUCUUUUUUUUUACCAUUUUUGAAAUACAAUUUCUCUUAAAGCUUUUUCUUGUUUUCAUAAUAUAAUGGCUACGAAAAAAUCUAGAGUGUGAAUAUAGUAAGGUUGAGGUGUUAAAAUAUGAUAAAUACAUGUUUUUUGAAUGUAGUUUGAAUAAAUAAAACGUGUGAAAAUGUUUAUUAAUGCUGAGUAGACGUUUAUACUGACCGGAGAUGAGACAUGUUUAGAGGAAUAAAAUUAGAUGUGGAAGCUC